GACCCGCUUCGUUGUACGAAAAGCGACUACUGCUCAGGGCCACAUACCUGACGAACAUUUCCAUGAGCAGGAAAGCGCGUUCUGCUGCAUGCUGACACUCUCACGAUAUCUGGGGCGAUAAUCAUAGUACCGAGGACACCCCGGGCAAGGAGCAUCUUACCUAAUUGUCCAGCCCUGGUGUGGUGGAUCUUCCUGAGCCUCCUGAGUCUGGAUCAUUAGCCAGGUGAUUGCAAGUUUCUCGCUCUUAGAGUUGUAGCCCCUUCGAAUCGGUGCUGUGCAAUAGCUAGAAUAGUCCUCAAGCGCUUGAAUUGCGGCACCAAGGAGUCUUUCAUUAUCAAGAGCCCCUUCCUUUUCGAUUCCUAGACUUACUGAGACAACGUGUUUCAUACUGCAGACACCUUGCAGACGACAUCUUUGUGGCAAUCGAUUUUGCGGGGUCUUGUCCAGUUGUCAUAAUGCCGAUCGGCAGGCCUCGCAUACCAGGCACCGAGGAAGAAAGGGCAGAGGCCCGACGUGCAAAGGUGCGUGCCAACGUGCAGGCGUUCAGGAGGCGGCAAAAAGAGAAGAAGCUUGCAGGCCAGGCGGAAAGUCCCCGGUCGAAUAGUAGCAAAGGCCAUUCACCUCAUAAGGCUGUGUCAGAGGCCGAAGACGAUCAACAAGAGGCAGACACAUCUUCCACUUUCCUGUCGCUCGAACCCAUUUCACGGGAGCCCUUUGUCACAUCCGAAGAGACGGAGCCCUGGCUGUGGGCAAUUCCUUCCGAGUUCGGUGCCAAAAUUGUCGGAACAACUUAUCUAGACGCACUAAUCAAUGCCCUCCAAGACAAAUAUCUUCCGUCCCAGACAAAUUUGGAACGAAUCCAGUACGAACCCAAGAAGAGGUUCUCAAUAUGCUGCUCAACAUGGAUCACGUCGGCAACGCUCGAGAUGGGAAGACCAGAGACAAAGGUGCUGAUGGAAGCCCUCCUCGCAGCAUCUUUGGCCAUCAUUGGCAGAGACCGAAACGAUGAAGACAUGACUCUUCACGCUGCAUACGUGCAGACUCGAGCAUUGCAGAAACUGCGACUCGCGUUAUCGAGAUAUGCAGAAGGGGAUAGAACCAUAUGUGCCACCAUGCUGUCCCUGACAGCCCUCACCUGCGCCAUGUCAGAGCUCAUCGCGAACCAGUCGUGGGACAACUUCAACAGGCACCUCUUCGGGGUGGGUGCUCUCAUCUUCUCCGGCGGCGUCGAAGCCCUCAACACGCAAUCGGCGCAGGAACACUUUUACGGAUACCGCGCCAUGCAGGCACCCUUUCUCUUCAUGCAUAGGCAAAGAGCAUUCCUGUCAAGCCCAGAAUGGAUCGACUUUCCCUGGAAGAAGGAUCUCGAACUCGCCCAACACCCCCUCCAUUCGGUGCUGGACAUCGCUCUCAAGAUCUUGCCAGAAAUUGUCAAGCAAGACAUGCCCAAAAAGUGGAAGCUGUCCUCGCUCGAGGAACGACUGCAAGAGGCCUGGGCCACGGUCGAAGAGCUGGACGAGUGGGAAUUCAAACUGCGCUCGGAGCAUCAAGGCGUAAUAUACCAAGAGAGAUCGGCAAGUUGGGAAGGUUUAGCUGACUAUUGUUUCGAAUUUGAGCUGCUGUCGACCGCUAUUGCCUUUUCGAUCUAUGCGGCUGUACGGAUACAUGUUGCUGCCCUGAUCGCAAGAAUCUCGAAGGACAUUCUAUCUCGUGAUCCAUCGGCAGAUGUAUAUCCUGAGUCGGCUGUGUUGGAGGCACUCCGGUGGUCGAGGGUUGCAUGCCAAUGUCUGGAGUUCUUUCACACUGGCGACAUGAAAUUUACCGGACGGAUAGUCACCCUCUGGCCACUGGAGACUGCAUGGGAGUUUUUCGCACAGACACAAAUUGAACACUUGAUGAAUGUUUCGACGGAACUGGCAUGGUGUCGGUCCACAGCGGAGAAACUCACCAAGAUGGGCAUUCCUCCUUUUCAAUGGCGGUGAUACUGACGUUGUUGUUUUGUCAUGAGAGAUCGCGGUUAGCGUCACGUAGUGGUUUCUUGAGUUGCCUGCUGGGCAGUGUUAUAUGCACAGCCUGAUGUUUGCUGUAGUUCAGACUCAACUGAUUGACUUUGCCUCUGCCUCAACCGACUCAGCUUGAAUCUAAGACCAAUCAUGAUCAUUGCCUCGU